CUUGCCAUCCCAGCCGAGAGUCUCCUGCCGCGUCCAGCACUCCGUCCGCAGCCAUGCUCUCUCUCAUCUCCAUCGUCAACGGCGCUCCCGUCCCGGCGGCCAGCACGCGCUCCAACGCUCGCGCUCUCGCCGGAUGGCAGGCGUACAUGAACCAAGGCAUCGAGACGGGCGCCGCCUACGCCAACGCCGGUGCCUCCGGCGACGACGUCUUACUCCAAGACCUCAACGCAGAGACGGCCGACAAGUUUGAUAGCCUGAACAGCGGCAAGACGACGGCCGGGUCGCCCGCUGUCAUCGCCGACGGCCAGCUCAGCGACGGCAUCCUCACGGCAGUCAACCAGCUCACGUCGGCGCUCGGCUCCCCGGCCUCCUCGCCAUCCUCAGCCGCCGCCGCCGUGGACGAGAAGGCCUCCGAGCCGCCGCACGGCGCGAGCUGGCAGGACUACAUGAUGCAGGGCAUCCAGACCGGCAUCGAGUUUGCCAGCGCGGGCGCCGGCGUCGCCUCCGGCACCACCGACCCGUCCACCGACUUUGGCGCCCUCUCGGCGCAGACCGCCGCCGAGAAGAAGCCCUACGUGCCCAAGAGCGAGCUGGGCAAGGCGGUUGGCCGCCUCUCGGUGGCCCUGCCCAACGCCAUCCUCGGCGGGCUCACCGGCGCGCUCACGGGCGGCAUCCAGACGGUGGCGGACACGGCGGGCGUGCAGGUCCCCCCGCCCCCGGCCGCCGUGCACCCGAGCGACGUUGCGCAGAGCAGCCAGGCAGCACCCGCAGCAGCCGGCCAGAACGACGGGUGGGGCGAGGCUGCGGCCGCUGAGCCCGCCGCAGCUGCCGAGGACGAGUGGGGCAGGGCGUGAGACUAGAGGAGCCAACACCCACCGGCCGCAGAGUAACUUCCGGAGCGCUGUUGGUGAACCGCGUGGACCGUUGUAGUGUCGGAUUUGUUUUGUUAAUAUCGCGCAACAAUCUCAGAAA